GAUAUGGUUUUGAACAAGAAAGUUAUAACAAACCUACAAGAAUCAAGGUUUGAUCUCAUUCUCUCAGACCCCAUUGGACCCUGUGGGGAACCCACUACAUUAUCUGAGUUAAUGAGGAAAGCUGAAAUGUGGCUCAUUCGAACGUACUGGGACUUUGAGUUUCCUCGCCCACUCUUACCACAUUUUGAAUUUGUUGGAGGACUACCCUGCAAACCUGCUAAACCUCUGCCCAAGGAAAUGGAAGAGUUUGCCCAGAGCUCUGGAGAAAAUGGUAUUGUGGUGUUUACUCUGGGAUCAAUGGUCAGAAACAUGACAGAAGAAAGGGCCAAUGUGAUUGCAUCAGCCCUUGCCCAGAUUCCACAAAAGGUUAUAUGGAGAUUUGAUGGCAAGAAACCAGAUAUCUUAGGACCAAAUACUCGGAUGUAUAAGUGGAUCCCCCAGAAUGACCUUCUUGGUCAUCCAAAAACCAAAGCAUUUAUAACUCAUGGUGGAACAAAUGGCAUCUAUGAGGCGAUCUACUGUGGGAUCCCUAUGGUGGGCAUUCCUUUGUUUGCGGAUCAACCUGAUAAUAUUGUUCACGUGAAGACCAAAGGAGCAGCUGUUAGAUUGGACUUCAACACAAUGUCAAGUACGGAUUUGCUCAACGCAUUGAAGACAGUAGUUAAUGACCCAUCAUAUAAAGAAAAUGCUAUGAAAUUAUCAAGAAUUCAUCAUGAUCAACCAGUGAAGCCUCUAGAUGGAGCAGUCUUCUGGAUAGAGUUUGUCAUGCUCCACAAAGGAGCCAAACACCUGCGGCCAACCUCCCAUGACCUCACCUGGUUCCAGUACCACUCUUUGGAUGUUUUUGGGUUCCUGUUGGCCUGUGUAGCAACUGCUAUAUUUGUCAUCACAAAAUGUUGUCUGUUUUGUUGUCGGAAGUUUGCUAAAACAGCAAAGAAGGAAAAAAAGGAGUAG